AGCUUAAACCCCUAAAAACCCCAUUCUCUUCGGUUUCACCGAGUCCGAGGAAGGGAUUGCUGAACUAGAAAAAGAAAAAUGGUUGCUCUAAGGCUUCUCCUCUCUCAAGCUGGCCGCCAUUCCCUAUCGAAGCCCCAGUCUGCUUCAUAUUUAGCCUUCCAAAGAUGUCUCUCUUCAUCAAUUCCUCCUCCUAGCGACGAUUCUUCAGGAUCUGAGCCCACCAUCCAAGUAGUUUCCUACCCCACCAAAUCCAGAGACGAAUCGAAUCCCCCCAACGAAACCGAAUCACAACAGCCACAAUCACCGCCGAGAAGACCGCCGCCGCCGACGACUCAGGAGGUUAGAACGGGUUGGACGAGGGAAGACAUUAGAUACGUCAAAGAUGUUCCGUCCAUAUCUCCCGUUUCGUACCCGGCACGUGUGGCGCCCCUUCCCGAGGACAAAGUUGAAGUGGAAGGAGAGGAAAAGGAUGUGGAAGAGAAUGAAGAAAUGGGGAGAGAGAGGAGGAGGAUAGAAUCACAGAAUCGCUUGUUGAGUCAGAGGUCUAUUCGGUUUGCGAUGCAGGAGGAGAAGGUGGUUGUGCCAUUUCCUAUGCUUCUGAAAGCCCAGAGUAAGAAGAAGGAAAAUAAACCAAUUCUUGAUUUGAUGGACGCCAUUAAGCAAGUCAAGGCCACUGCCAAAGCUAAUUUUGAUGAAACUGUUGAAGCUCAUGUACGAUUAGCUAUUCCUCCUCGCAAAACCGAGCUGAUAGUACGUGGGACCAUGAAUCUACCUCAUGGAGAUAAGAAGGCUGUUAGGGUGGCUUUCUUUGCUGAAGGGGCAGAUGCUGAUGAUGCCAGAGCUUCGGGAGCUGAUGUUGUUGGCGGUUUAGAACUUAUUGAGGAAAUUGCAAGUAGUGGCAAGAUUGAUGCUGAUAAGUGUUUUGCAACUCGUCAACUCAUGCCUCGUCUUUUCAAGAUAUCGAAGAUUCUUAAUCAUCAGGGUUUGAUGCCAAAUCCUAAGCAAGGUACAGUGACGAAUGAUGUUGCUAGGGCGGUACAAGAAGCAAAACAAGGUCAUAUUAAGUUUAAAAUGGACAACACAUCUAAUGUGCAUGUUGGACUUGGAAAGGUAAGUCUGAAGGAGGAGCUUCUGCGCCAGAAUGUUAGUGCAUUUGUAAGCGCUCUUCUACUUGCAAAGCCUGCAGGCUUAAAGAAAACUUCUAAAUUUGCUGGCUAUGUAAAUGCCUUCCAUCUUUGUAGCACGAUGGGUCCUGCAUUCCCAAUUUCUAUACAGUCACUAUCCAGAGCUUUAGAUCAAUACGGCAAAGUUGGCCAUUGAGCGAACAGUUCUAUGAAAUAUGAAAGGUUAAGAAUCCCCUUCUGGUGUCAGGGUAGCUUCAAAUAGGCCAAUACAUGAAAAAAGUUGGUUUCCAUUGCUAGGUUCAGAAUAUGAAUGUUAAUUAUUAAAUUUUGUUGUAAUGUUUUGAUCAUUGAAGCUUAGUUAGGUUUUUGCAUUUGAGGAGGUUAUAUUUUGCUUUAGAGCCAUUUUUUAUUGUGCUUUUUACUUUCGAAUCCUCAUUGCAAGCUCAUUAUAGCAUUUGGAGCUGUUUGGUCUUUCAAAUCCAAUAAUUGUAACUUAUGAGUAACUUAGAGUCUGAAGCCUUAUUCCACCCCAGUAGUAGGAGGAAUUUCUUGUGCCUGUUUCAACAUUUCUAUGUCCUGCAAACAUGAAAGAAAUGAAGGAAAUGCCAACUCUGAAGCCAGGCACUGAUAA